UCAUGCCAGAAUUAUUACUCAAUAAAUGCAUUCAUUCCAAUAAAAUGAAUCCCUUCAACUUAAUGUGACGUUCCAAAAGGGGCUGGGCAGUUGGGUGUAUACACUUACAUAUAAUUAUACGACUCUAUAGUGUGAUUAGGAAACAAAACUUCCAACUCUCAACAUAUCAGAGAAAAUGGCCAGAGAAACUGAUGAAAAUAUACCAUUGAGUUUGGUCAAUCCACAGUAUUUGCAUGCAAAUUCCACCAGCCACACCUGGGCCUUCAGUGCCAUUGCUGAGCUGAUUGACAAUGCCUGUGAUCCGGAUGUCGGUGCCAAGCAGAUCUGGAUCGACUGGACCAAGAUUAAAGACUUUGACUGCCUUACAUUCACGGACAAUGGGGCUGGGAUGGAUUUUGAUGAAAUGCACAAGAUGCUGAGCUUUGGCUUCAGUGACAAGCAGGCAUUGGGCGGCCGCGCUCAAGUAGGUCUUUACGGAAAUGGGUUUAAAUCCGGCUCCAUGUUCCUGGGGAAAGAUGCCAUUGUCUUCUCCAAAAAUCCUUACUCCAUGAUUGUGGGCCUGCUGUCUCAGACCUAUCUGGCGGACAUUCAGGCUCAGAAUGUGGUAGUUCCCAUCGUCACCUUCAGAAAAAAUGAAGAAAACAAGUUCAGCGCUAUACCACAGCAUAGAGAAAGCCUGAAAGCCAUCCUGGAGCAUUCGCUGUUUCAAACGGAGGAGCAGUUGCUCUCUGAACUCAAGAUCAUCAAGGGCAUUACUGGAACCCGGAUCAUCAUAUGGAACCUGCGCAGUACCUCCAGCGGACAGAUCGAGUUUGAAUUCAAGGAGGAUAUCGCGGACAUUCAGAUUCCAUAUGUGGACUCGACCGAUGAGCAGAGGAGGCCUAUUCGGCGCCCGGCUUGGGUUGCGGAGUUUGAGUUCUCUCUGCGUGCAUAUUGCAGCAUUUUGUACUUGAAGCCAUCGAUGCAGAUUUUGAUAAAAGGAAAGAAAAUGAAGACUCAGCUGGUGGCAAAAAGUCUGGCCCACACCGUCAAGGACAGAUACACGCCCAAAUUCCUGAACAAACAUAUCAAAAUAACCUUUGGGUACAGAACGGAAAGUGGGGGGCCGUACGGAGUAUUGAUGUACUGUAAGAAUCGGCUAAUUCGACCAUAUGUGCAUUUGGGCUGCCAGCUCAAGGCCAAUGCCAAGGGUGUUGGUGUCAUUGGCAUCAUUGAAUGCAACUUCCUCAAGCCAACGCACAACAAACAGGAAUUUGCUGAAUCAGUGGAGUACAGGAAAAUAAAGCACUGCCUGGGAGUGAAACUGGAGGAAUAUUGGAAUCACAUGCGACUCAAAAGAAAGGAGCAUCCCAGCAACACUGGACCAACUGACGAUACGAAGGGGGCUGCUCCGGAUCAGACCUGGGUCCAGUGUAAUGAAUGCCUGAAGUGGAGGAAACUAGCAGGUGGUAUUGAUCCUGACAGCCUGCCUUAUGUUUGGGUUUGCCACAUGAAUGAGGAUCCCAAGUUCAGGAGGUGCUGGUUACCGGAAGAACCAGAAAAUUCAGAAGAGGAGCAGCCACAUGAGAAGCAAUAUAAACAGGAGAAGAAGAAGCAGAAACAACAGAAGAAGAAGGGACAGCAGAACUCUGAAGACAGUGAAUCAACACCAAAGACCUCUGCUACACCUUCGAAGCUCUAUGAUACGAGACAAAGGAUAGGGGAUGCUCAGACCAGCCUCACUUCCUCCUCCUCUCAUCUCAGCUUCUCGGGUGAUGAUCCUUCUGCCCACACCGUGCUCUCCACCUACACUGUGCCAGAAAAUCCAUCUUCAAGAAGAAUACGUGAGAAGAGCCUCAGUCCCCCCCCUUCUUUCAGCUUUUCAGGUGAUGAUCCUUCUGCCGACACCGUGCUGACUGAUAUGGUGCCAGAAAAUCCAUCUUCAAGAAGAAUACGUGAGAAGAGCCUCAGUCCCCCCCCUUCUUUCAGCUGUUCGGGUGAUGAUCCUUCUGCCGACACCGUGCUGACUGAUAUGGUGCCAGAAAAUCCAUCUUCAAGAAGAAUACGUGAGAAGAGCCUCAGUCCCCCCCUCCCCAACUUCUCGGGUGAUGAUCCUUCUGCCGACACCGUGCUGACUGAUAUGGUGCCAGAAAAUCCAUCUUCAAGGCAGAAGAGGAAGCUGAUCACUCAAGAGAACAAGGAAGGCAAAAGAGCAAAGAAGAUUGGUCACCAAAACGACACAUCAGAGGCAGUGGCCAGCACAGCUGCUUCAGCGCUGUGUCUGCCGACGUCACCUGUCACUGCAACCCUGGACGAGAAUAGCAUGCAGGUGCAAACAGCCACCCUGGAGGGAGACCAGUGCAGUGAGAAGGUGGAGACAGUCAAACAGGAGAGAGACCAGCAUAGUUAUCAGGGAGAGACUGUCAUUCAAGAGAGAAACCAGUGCAGUGAGCAGGUGGAGACAGUCAAACAGGAGAGAGACCAGCAUAGUUAUCAGGGAGAGACUGUCAUUCAAGAGAGAAACCAGUGCAGUGAGCAGGUGGAGACAGUCAAACAGGAGAGAGACCAGCAUAGUGAGCAGGUGGAGACUGUCAUUCAAGAGGGAGACAAGUACAGGGAGCAGAUGGAGACAGUCACUCAGGAGAGAGACCUGUACAGGGAGCAGGUGAAGACUGUAUUUCGUGGGAGAGAUCGGUAUAGGAACCAGGUGAAGGCUGUCACUCAGGAGAGAGACCCGUACAGGGAGCAGGUGAAGACUGUCACUCAGAUGAGAGACCAGUACAGGGAGCAGAUGGAGACAGCCACUCAUGAGAGAGACCAGUACAGGGAGCAGGUGAAGACUGUAAUUCGUGGGAGAGAUCGGUAUAGGAACCAGGUGAAGGCUGUCACUCAGGAGAGAAACGAGUACAGAGAGCAGGUAGAGGCAGUCACUGAAGAGAGAGAACAGUACAGGGAGCAGAUGGAGACAGCCACUCAUGAGAGAGACCAGUACAGGGAGCAGGUGAAGACUGUCACUCAGAUGAGAGACCAGUACAGGGAGCAGAUGGAGACAGUCACUCAGGAGAGAGACCAGUACAGGGAGCAGGUGAAGGCUGUAAUUCGUGCGAGAGAUCGGUAUAGGAACCAGGUGAAGGCUGUCUCUCAGGAGAGAAACGAGUACAGAGAGCAGGUAGAGGCAGUCACUGAAGAGAGAGACCAGUACAGGGAGCAGAUGGAGACAGUCACUCAGGAGAGAGACCUGUACAGGGAGCAGGUGAAGACUAUCAAUCAGGAGAGAGACCAGUACAAGACAAAGCCGUUACAGCUGUUUGACCUUCAGAAACUAAUUUGAACAACAGAGAAGGAUGAGCUGAAGAGCGAGACAGUGUGAGCUGUUGCCUGGUGACCAUCAUACCGGCUCUGGAUCUGGACCUGCUCAGCUUUGACAGUGAUGUCAUUGACGGGACCCUGGAUUUGAUUGAACAUA